CUCUUCUCUCCUUCUCUCUCUCUCUCUCUCCCUCUCUCUGUCUCCCUCCUCGCGUGAGCGACAUUCCUAGCUGGUGAAAGGCAAGUUAAAAGUGAAGCGGACACACAAGCGAGGGAAGGAGGGAGGUGGAAGGAGGAGGAGGAGGUGGAGGAGGAGGAGGAGAGCACAAAGAGAAGGAAAGUGGAGCAGGGGAGGGGAACGGGAAGCUGGCUGACGGCGGCGGCGACGGCGGGCAGACAAAAGAAGGAGAAGGCGAAGGAGACGCGGAGGGAGCGCAUACGAGGCGGAGGGGGGAGCGCAGCAAAUGGCCACGGAGGAGACGGCGGGGGGAGCCAGGAAAGCCACCAAGAGCAAACUGUUUGAGUUCCUGGUCCAUGGAGUGCGUCCCGGCAUGCCGUCCGGGGCGAGGAUGCCCCACCAGGGAGCGCCGAUGGGCCCGCCCGGCCCGCCGUACGGAGGCAACCCGGCGGCGCGUCCCGGGCUGCCCUCGCCGGUGAUGGAGGCCGGCCGCAAGAGGCCCGCCCCGUCCCAACAGGUCCAACAGCAGCAACAACAGCAGCAGGCCGUCCAGAACCGGGCCAGGAAGAAGCCGCUGGGAUUCCCGGGAGGCGGCGACAUGGCGGCCAGGCCCGUGGACAUGCGAGAGCCCCAAUCUGACCCCACGCUCGGAUCCAAUGCAAAGAGGAGGAAAAUGGCAGACAAGAUUCUCCCGCAAAGGAUCCGUGAGCUGGUUCCCGAGUCCCAGGCCUACAUGGACCUACUGGCCUUCGAGCGCAAGCUGGACCAGACCAUCAUGCGCAAGCGCGUCGACAUCCAGGAGGCUCUCAAAAGGCCCAUGAAGCAGCAGAAGCGUAAACUGAGGCUGUACAUCUCCAAUACCUUCAACCCGGCGCGUCCCGACGCCGACGACUCGGACGGCAGCAUCGCGUCGUGGGAGCUGCGGGUGGAGGGGAAGCUGCUGGACGACCCGGGCAAGCAGAAGAAGAAGUUCUCUUCAUUUUUUAAGAGUCUGGUGAUCGAACUGGACAAAGACCUCUACGGACCCGACAACCACCUGGUAGAGUGGCACCGCACAGCCACCACGCAGGAGACGGACGGCUUCCAGGUCAAGCGGCCAGGUGACGUCAGCGUUCGCUGCACGCUGCUGCUGAUGCUCGACUACCAGCCCCCUCAGUUCAAACUGGACCCCCGUUUAGCGCGCCUGCUGGGCAUCCACACGCAGACGCGCUCGUGCAUCAUCCAGGCGCUGUGGCAGUACGUCAAAACCAACAAGCUGCAGGACUCGCACGACAAGGAGUACAUCAACUGCGACAAGUACUUCCAGCAGAUCUUUGACUGCCCACGGCUCAAGUUCUCCGAGAUCCCCCAGCGCCUCACCAGCCUCCUGCUACCCCCCGACCCCAUCGUCAUCAACCACGUCAUCAGCGUGGACCCCAACGACCAGAAAAAGACAGCUUGCUACGACAUCGACGUGGAGGUGGAGGACCCGCUGAAGAGCCAGAUGAGCAGCUUCCUGCUGUCCACCGCCAACCAGCAGGAAAUCGCCGCGCUGGACAAUAAGAUCCACGAGACCAUCGAGUCCAUCAACCAGCUGAAGAUCCAGAGGGACUUCAUGCUGAGCUUCUCACGGGACCCCAAAGGCUACAUCCAGGACUGGCUCAAGUCCCAGAGCCGAGACCUCAAGCUGAUGACUGACGUGGUGGGGAACCCCGAGGAGGAGCGUCGCGCGGCCUUCUACCACCAGCCCUGGUCCCAGGAAGCCGUCAGCCGAUACUUCUACUGUAAGAUCCAGCAGAGGAGGCAGGAGCUGGAGCAGGCCUUGGCGGUCCGUAACACCUAAACAAAAUGUUUGUCGGCAUUGUUCUCGUCGAGACAAGACGUCCGCCAAGGUCAGAACAUUAGGUACACCAGCACUGAAUCAAACUGAGUGGCUAAUAUUUUGUCCCAAUGUCAUGUAGCUAAAUAACCAAAAUAUUAGGAACACCUCUCGGGCCUGAUGCAUCGUCAUUGUGUGUUGUGUUUGCAACGGUACCUAAUGAAGUGGCCGUGUGCGUAUUUUGCCACAUAUGCAUUGAUUGUUCAAAACAACGACAAAAAGGUGGAACUCUGUGCAGUCGUUUUCCACGACUGAGAGCAAAGGUAAAAAAAA